CUGCUAACGCUACGGAGGGACAGAGCCCGAGUGUUGUUUUGAAUCUGCUGGAACACACCGACUGGAGGGGGGCUAGCGCCUGCGAAUAAGAUGGCGGAUGUAGGAGACGAUGAAACUCGACCGGCUCUCCCUUCGGCAUCCCGUAACGGUCCGAUUGUGGGCUCGUCGGCGGUCACCGCGGGCCAGACCGCAGCCACGGUAACGUCAGGUCCGAGGGUGGUGAGGAUCGUCAAGUCGGAGUCCGGCUACGGUUUCAAUGUCCGCGGUCAAGUCAGCGAAGGAGGACAGCUUCGGAGCAUCAACGGGGAACUGUACGCUCCUCUCCAGCAUGUCAGCGCCGUGUUACCCGGAGGUGCUGCAGACCGAGCGGGGAUAGCAAAGGGCGACAGGAUCCUGGAGGUUAAUGGAGUGAGCGUCGAAGGUGCAACCCACAAGCAGGUGGUGGACCUGAUCCGCGCAGGGGAGAAGGAGCUGGUUCUGGCCGUGCUGUCUGUUCCACCUCAGGAGGCUGACGGGUUGGAAGGAGGCGAGGACGUCCAGCCCAACUACGACUACAGCGACAAGCAGGCGGUGCCCAUUUCUAUUCCCACGUACAAGCAUGUAGAGCAGCACUCCGAGAGGUUUGUGGUGUACAAUGUGUAUAUGUCAGGCAGACAGCUGUGUUCAAAACGCUACCGAGAGUUUGCCAUCCUGCACCAGAACCUGAAGAGGGAAUUUUCCAACUUCAACUUCCCAAAGCUUCCCGGCAAAUGGCCCUUCUCCCUCUCCGAACAGCAGCUGGACGCGCGCCGCAGAGGCCUGGAGGAGUAUCUCGAGCGAGUGUGCUCUGUGCGGGUGAUCGGGGAGAGUGACAUCAUGCAAGAGUUCCUCUCUGAAUCAGAUGAGAACUACAACGGAGUGACAGAUGUAGAGCUGCGGAUAGCGCUGCCAGACAAGACCACCAUCUCCGUCAGAGUCCGCAAGAACAGCACCACAGAUCAGGUGUACCAGGCAUUAGUGUUAAAGGUCGGAAUGGACAGUAUUAUGGCGAGCUACUUUGCCCUUUUCGAAGUCAUCAACCACUCCUUUGUGCGGAAGCUGGCGCCUAAUGAGUUUCCCCACAAGCUUUAUGUGCAGAACUACACGUCGGCGGUGCCGGGGACCUGCUUAGCGCUCCGCAAAUGGUUGUUCAGCUUCCAGGAGGAGGAGUUGCUCAGAGACAACCCGCUGGCGCUGCACUACUGCUUUCACCAGGCACUGGAUGAUGUGAAAAAGGGAUUCAUAAAAACAGAGGACAAAUCCUACCAGCUGCAGAAACUGGCAGAGCAGCGCAAGAUGGCCACGUACCUGAGCCUAUUGCGAACGUGCGAGGGCUACAACGAGGUGGUCUUCCCCCACUGCUCCUGUGACUCCAGGAGGAAGGGCCACGUCAUCACGGCCAUCAGCAUCCAUCACUUCAAGCUGCACGCCUGCACCGAGGACGGCACGCUGGAGAACCAGGUUAUAGCUUUUGAGUGGGGGGAGAUGCAGCGCUGGGACACUGACGAGGAGGGCAUGGCUUUCUGCUUCGAGUAUGCCAGAGGAGAAAAGAAACCUCGCUGGGUCAAGAUCUUCACUCCAUAUUUUAACUACAUGCAUGAGUGCUUCGAGCGGGUCUUUUGUGAGCUGAAGUGGAGGAAACAGGUGGAGGAAGAGGCGUCUGAUAAAGACAACAAGAACUGCAGUAACAACGAGUUUCUUCCUCCUCUCGAGACACAGCAGAAGGGAUGGCGCCACCUAGGGGGGGAGAUCGCGACUUCCUAAAACCGUUUGUCAUCACUUGAACUAGAACUGGUCCACUCGCAUUAUCACAGCCACCCCAGAGAGCGCCCAUCGACAAACACAGGACCGAGCGACAGACUUGAGGCGAAUCCCUGCCCCGACAAACAAAACCGGACGCGAUCGAUUUGGGAAAUUGGAGCAGUCACACUUUAACCGAACCCAGGGACGACGCGCGCAGUAAGAAGAGCGACGAAGGAAAAUCAACAAAAAAAAGUCAACUCUCAUGUCAUUUACUAGCUUCUCCGUAGUGUAUCUCGUUGUUUUCCUUCCAUGCGUCUGCCCUGUGAUGUGGAGCAGGAAUCAAUACAGUGUGUGAAGGGUCACCACAGCAGCGCAGAAAGGGAGCCCCUCAACGAAACGCCACUUCACCCAAAAGCUGACUUCCUGGGAUGGGAUUCAGACCCCACUCAGUCCAAACCCCGCGGCGUUGGCCUCGCCUGCCGAACUGAGCUGAGAGGAAAAUAAGAAGGGAGAGCUACAGAAAACGGGGGUUUGUUUUCCGCUUCCUUCACAGCUGGUGAUGAUGGAUGAAAGCUUCACACUGAUGCUGGACAUUAACACAAAAAUGAUGUUUUCUUUCCUUCUCCGGGGUCGUAAGUAUCCCGUCUUUGUCAGAAAACGUAGGCGGCACAAACCGGGGGAGAUGUGUUCAGAAUUAUUUGUAUGUUUAACAAUCUUACUUCUGAUGAAACAUAGAUUAAUAUAAGAGCUAAAAAUAAUUGGUUUCUUGAUCUAACACAAUGAAAUGCUAACUGAAUUACGUUCAAGCCGCUCUAACUGACGUCCAUUUCUCAUCUUGUCUUCUGGUCUAACCCACACUACCCAGUUGGCAGCCGGCCAUUAAUGUCAGUAUGGAUAUUUAUCCCCCUUGCGAGUGUUUUAUUGUGGUGAUUUUGCAGAGGUUGUAAGUUGAGAGGAGGAGGCUUCCUCGUUUCCGUAGCGCCGUGCAGGAGGAGUAAUGUUUUGAACAAAAAGGUUCAUGACCAAAGCGUUAAUGUUCUCGAGACGUCACACCUUUACGCAAUCCUACCGACAGACAGUGAAUUUAAGGACAGAAUGGGAGAGUUUUUUUGUUUUUUAUUAUUAUUUGUUGUCCGCUGAGCUGCAGUUUUCUAAACGGGCAGCAGGGAGCAGCAGAGCGUAAGCCCCACUCAGUCGUAUGUUUGGAGCAGAAAUCUUCUCAGAGCUUCUUAAAGAGUGAUCCCUCUGGCUCUGUAACUCACCCGAAAGUAUCACUCCUUCCUCUGCGGUUUGUCCAUUAACCGAGUCAGGAGGAUAGAUAUGUGUGUCUGUCUGUCUGUCUAUAUGUGUGUGUGUGUGUGUGCGUGUGUGCGUGCGUGCGUGUGCGUGUGCGUGUGUGGAACAGGAAGCAGGUGGUGCAUAAACUUGUGCAUCCACAGCCAUCAGCAUACGUAGAUAGCAAUGCAGCCAGUUCUCUGCCUCCUGCUGCACCUGAACGGAUACAGUAUUAGUGAUAAGCUCAUAAUUUAAGAUGAUUUUUUUUUUGUGUGAUUAUCUACAGUUUUCUAUGUGCAGAGUUUCUUUUUUUUUUUCUUCUCUCGCACACAGAUAAUAGAUUCGAUUGUGUGUCUCAUGUUUCUGUAGAUGUUUUUUGUCUCACCUGAAAUGCAGAGAAAGCAGGUUUACACGCUGACAAACAAACAAAACAAAGUCCCCUGAAUGGAGGCAGGGUGCACACAGUUCUUGAUAUCAGUUUCGCCUCAAUGCAAUAGUUUUGUUUAUCCCACUAAGGGCUAGUGGUUUAUCUCAGCCAACUCAUUACUGACUCAUUCUUGUGCUUCGCUCGCCUUUUGGCAAAAAAAACAAAAAAACAAACAUGAAAUUGAGAGCAAUUUUUUGUCUUUUUUCUUUAAAUCACACUAACUUUGAGAGCACAGCGUUUCACUUUAUUUCUUUUUGAGCUGAGGUUUUAGUUGGGGGAAGAAGAUGUUUAUUUCACGCCCAGGUUUAAUUUGCUUUCAGUCCAUUACCUUGGAGCGUGCUCAUGUGCGAGCGUGUCCUCUGUGUUUAUCAUUGACAUUGCUGAUAAGCUUUUAGGCUCUGAUUGGACGCGUCUGAUGAGCUGUCGGUGCGAGAGCCAGCAAAUGAAGAUGGGGUUUUUGUAUGUGCAUGACAGCGGAGACACCAGACAGAUGGAGACAAAUGGGAAGCGUCUCCUAUUGUCUAGCUAGCAUUCACUGCCGAUCACACACAGACACACACACACACACACACACACAUCCCCCAUCUCCCCGCUAACUCUGUGACAAAAAUUUCAAGUGCAGCGUCAUGAGAUGUUUUACUUGAGGACGGGGCUCGGUCGCACACUCUCGCAGCAUGUUGUGGGUUGGACACACUUCACAAGUAGCUGGAUGGAGAAUUGCAGAUUGCCGGGUGGUCACUUUGACAGCUGAAGUAAUAGCCAAUUUAGAGAUGGAUGACACAAGAAUUGGAGCUGUUCAACCACCAUGAUUUUUCUUUUUCUAAGAUGUAGAGGGGAUAGAUACAGAGGUUUUGUGGUUGUGCGUGCUGCCUCGUCUGUCCUCUGCCCUCCUCACUCUCUCCAGGUUGGUCUCCCAUCAUCACAGGGGGAUGCGGUUGCCGUGGCAGCACCACGUUGGCUCAACACACUCAGUGCAGCCUCUGUUCCUUUUAUUCCUGUCAGCCAACUGACUCACUCCUCCCAAUAAUGUAUUCAAAGCAGUGUUUUUUUACUGUUUGAUGUUUGUUCUACGUCCCCGUGGCUCGUGCUGCUGUGAAUAGGCUUUUAGAAAGCUGCUUUCUGUUUUUUUUUGUUUUUGUUUUUUUAAUAUAUAUUUUUGUGGUUUGGUUUCGUCUCGUCUGCGCCAGGUGCCAUCUUAUGCUCAGUCACAGGCAGGUGUGUAUUCUGUCAGUUGUCGUCCGCUUCAUCGGUGAGCUAAAUGUCAUAGUAUCAGUGUUUAGGUGAAAGCAAAGAUGACAGGAAUGUUGAGAAGCACGUCUUUGUACAGUCGGCUCGUGUUUGUCAGUUUUCGUUUGCUGUGGGCCACCUGUGUUUGUGUUUGAGUCGCCGGACAGCCUGGGCUCGUAAGUGAAUGAUUAUUUAUGGAAAGAAGGUGGGAUUUUUUUUUUAACGCAGGACUUUGCAGAUGAAAUGAAUGUUGGACGGUACAGCGAGCAUGGUGACGAUAGGAUUAAAAAAAAAAAAAAAAAGAUAAAUGGCCACACGUGAGGCUCAGAAAGUUUGUGUUCGCCACAAACCGCCACUGAUCUAAAUGAUGCCGUUGCUAUAGGAACACAUUUCUGAGUCUCGUGUGCCAGAUCAGCACUGAUUUUUCACAGCGUUGUUCAGUGUUCAGGUAUUGUGUACGGUCUUUUCUGUUCAUUCGAAUUCCUCUGCAUUUCACAGGGCUCAUACUCCAGGGUCUGAAGUGGCUUUUUUUGUGAGGCCACUCAGCCACUCUUUUUUUUUUAUAUACACUGUGGGUUCAGUCAGAGCCACCGUGUUCGUCUCAUCCUCAGCACUCGUGCGUAGACUCGAUGCUCGUCAACCUCUGGAACGCACAUCUGGCUCAGAGCGCAUUAGCUGCUGGCUUUUCUCUCUUUUCUUUUCUUUUUUUUUUAGCUGACGCGUCCUACCUAUGAAUAACCUGAAGGGUGGAUGUAAGUGCUGUUUGGGGAAAAAAAAAAGAAAAAGUGUUUGCCUUUUGUGUAAUUAAUUUCAGUUCUUUGCUUUGAGAGACGGGCGAGUAGGAGACGACAUUAAUUACAAGCCUUGUUUGUCUUCAGCAUAACCUGUAAAUAGUUGUUUUAAAAGAAAAAGAAUAUCCUUUUGACAACAACAACAAACAAAAAAAAAUGCACUCUUGUUUCUCCAACUCAGAACCUUUAUUUAUUUAAACAGAAAUUAUAAAGAUUGGGGAAAUUAUAGUGUACAACGUUAGAGCCACCAUCGAUCAUGAGCUUUGUGUGUGUGUGUGUGGAGGAGGGUAGCUGAACACACAGCGAAACAAGGUGUUUAAAACGGAGGCGGUGUCUCAUUUACUAAGUGUGUAAAGACAUUAAUUAACACCUUGAGGCAGAACUAGGCUAAAAACAAAAAAAAACACAAAAAACAAACAAAAAAAAA